CGGCCGCCGGUGAGUUUCGGUGGUUCCGUCCGUCGAAGGCAGAUGGCCGCCGGGGUAUGUGGGUGGAUAUCCCAAGAAGCAGAAGGUGGGUUUUUUUGGUCAAGGCGAGAUAAUGAUGAGGGUGGUCAUUGUUGGUAGUAAUGGGCCGUUGCAGAAAGGCAAAGAUGAAGAUGGGUUCGUCUGGGUUCAGUGGGAUCGAAGAAGAAGGUUGUGGUAAUUGUGGAAGGUGGAGAUGUGAAAUAGGAAAAAUCCUCUGUGUAUCUCAAUAAGGAUUCUCUGGCUCUCAGAGAAAAAUCCAGUUGGAUAGGCUGUAACGGGAACCAUGUCUGAAACUUAAGGGAUCAGGAUGGGGGCAAAAAGUUUGGUAUCAAUGGGGGUUGUUCCUGAAGAACUUACUGAAGAUAAUUAUGAGAACUGGAAAGCAUGCCUGCAAAGCUAUUUAAUCGGGCAAGGUCUUUGGGAUGUUGUCUCUGGCGUGGACCCUAAGCCUGAAAAACUUACUGGCUUCAUUGCUAAACAUGAAGAAACUGAGGCGUUUCAGACUUGGAGAAAGAAGAAUGCAAUCGCUUUACAUGCAAUACAAAUGUCAUGCGGAGCAGAUGCACUUGUUACUAUUAGGGAAACUGAUUCAGCUAAAUUUGCUUGGGAUCACUUGGUUGAAUUGCGCCAUCAUCGAACACAACGCUCACCACAAGUUGAACGUUCAAUCCACAUCCAAGGGACACGGAACUUCCGCCGGUAUGAGUGCUUAUUCAAGGCUGUGGAUGAUGGUGAUUGGGUGACUACAAAAGCAUUUCUUGAUCAUGACCCUGAUGCUGUGAGAGCAAGUAUUUCACCUACAAAUGAGACAGCUCUGCAUGUUGCUAUUUUGGCUGGGCAUGCACAUAUUGUGAAGGAGUUAGUGAAGUUGAUGACCCUAAAAGACUUAGAAUUGAGAAGUGGACUUGGUGAGACAGCCCUUACAACUGCUGCAAUCAGUGGAGUGACAAAGAUGGCAAAAGCCAUAGUGGAACAAUAUCCCAGUGCAGUCUGUGUUGGAAAUGAACAUGGCCAAAUCCCUGUUAUAGUGGCUUCUUUUUACGACCAAAAAGAUAUGGUACGUUAUCUUUACAGUGUGACUCCAAUUGAAGAGCUAAGCCCAGAAAAAGGCACAAAUGGUGCCACACUACUUAAUUUUCUGGUCUCUGCUAACAUAUAUGAUAUUGCUUUACAUCUGCUGAAACAUUAUCGACACCUCAGUUUUACCAAAGAUUAUUAUGGCAACUAUACUGUGAGAAUGUUGGCUCGAAAACCAUCAGCGUUCCUAAGUGGAAGUAAUCUUUUGUUUUGGGAACGAUGGAUCUACUCAUUUAUAUAUGUACGACCAUUUGAUGGCCCUAUUGCUGAAGACCAUGAACAGCUUGAUCAAUUGCCAGCUGAUGAAGAGAACCCUGAAAACUCCCAACAAGACCAUCAUCUUGGAGACCAUAUAAUUGUUCAUGUGCCCAGACGAUGGCGUGGACUGAUUUGGAAGCUCUUACUACGCUUCGUUCCAGAUCUAAAGCAUAUAUAUGAAGCAAAAUGGACACAUGUUGGAUCUUCUCAACUCCUUGAUUGCAUUUUUGAGGAAAUACCAUAUUUGACUAGCUCCCAACUAGAGAUGUUUGGCAUAAAUCAAGCAAUCUAUGAUGCCAUCAAGCAUGGAAUUAUUGAGUUCAUUGUCGCACUGAUCAAACAUGAUCCUGAAUCAAUAUGGAGGAAAGGUGUAAAGGGUAGAACAAUGUUUUCACAUGCAGUUGUAUUACGCCAAGAAAAGAUCUUUAGCCUAGUUUAUGGCUUGGGUAUAAAGAAGAAUGUAAUAGCACGACGGCAUGAUAUCUUUCAUAACAACAUUUUGCAUCUAGCUGGCAAGUUAUCUCCUCCCUCUCAGCUUGAUCGUGUCUCAGGUGCAGCUCUGCAGAUGCAAAGGGAGCUUCAGUGGUUCAAGGAAGUGGAGAGCAUGGUACAGGCAAAGUAUAAAGAAGAAUUCAAUGAAUAUCAUAAAACACCUAUUCAUGUCUUUAUUGAGGAACACGCUGAAUUGGUGAAACAAGGAGAAAGUUGGAUGAAAAGCACUGCAGCUUCAUGCAUGGUUGUGGCCACUCUCAUUGCUGCCCUCAUGUUUACAACAGCUUUUACACUUCCUGGUGGGACCAAAAACGAAACGGGCAUCCCUGUGUUUAUAAAGAGCAAAGCUUUUAUGGUUUUUAUAGCAUCUGAUGCAUUAUCAUUAUUCUCUUCCUCCACCUCUGUACUAAUGUUUUUAGGAAUCCUCACAUCACGCUAUGCAGCAGAAGAUUUCCUCAAAUCCUUGCCCAUCAAAUUGAUCAUUGGUCUUUCCUCACUUUUCAUCUCUAUAGUAAGCAUGAUGGUAGCCUUUGGCUCAGCCAUUUUUGUCGUUCUUUGUCAGGAGUUAUCUUGGAUUUCAUUUCCAAUAAUUGCUCUUGCUUGCAUUCCAAUUACAUUUUUUGCUUUAUUGCAAUUUCCUCUCAUUGUUGAGAUUGUUUCUUGUACGUAUGGACGUAGCAUAUUUGACAAGCCAACAAAACGUCCAUACUAAAUACUUUUGUUGUUUUGCUUGUUGUAACAGUUGCUUGGCCUGCUAAAGUGACUAUUGUUCAUAAAAAUAUUGGUACUA